AUGACAGGAAUUUUAAAUUAUAUUAGAGGAGUCAGGAAUGACGAUAUUACUUUAGAGAAAUAUGCAAUAUCAGCAAAAUAUGGCUUUUUAUCAACAAAACAACCGGUUCAGUUUAUUAACAUUGAAUAUUAUAAACCUUGGGAAGACAUUAUUGAAAAUUUACCUGAUUUAUUAAAGGAAGGAAAUUUGAGAGAAGAAAUUGAUACAAAUUUACCUAUAUUAGAGGUAAGUGAUGAGUUGUUGAAUAAUGUUUUCUAUUUAAGAAGAGCUUAUUCGAUAUUGACAUUUUUAACAAAUGCAUACGUUUGGGGUAAUAAGUUCAAUGGUGAAACUCCGAUUGAAAUUUUAUCUGAUAAUAUUGCUAAACCGUUAUUAAAAAUUGCCAAUAUUUUGGGUUUACCACCGUUAAGCACGUAUGCUGGUUUGAUCUUAUGGAAUUUUAAGACAGUCAGUGCUAAUAACCUGUGUUGUGAGACAGAUCCUAUUCAAAUUGAAAUUUUAAACACUUUUACUGAUUUAGAUGAUGAACGCUGGUUUUAUAUUAUUAGUGUGUUUUAUGAAAAGAUAGGUGGUUCAGUAUUGGAAUGUGGUGUGGAGAUACUUAACGCCAUCAAGAAUGAAGAUAUUAGGUUGCUGAAGAGUCGCUUGAAUCUUAUAUCAAGUUAUACUUAUAUUUUAGGUGACCUUUUCACCAGAAUGAAUGAGCAUACAAAUCCGGAUAUUUUUUACAACGUUUUAAGACCAUUUUUAACAGGCUGGGAAAAUUCAAAAGACUUAGGCUUGCCAAAUGGAGUAAAAUAUGGUAGACAUGGUAAAUAUAAGAAGUUUGCAGGUGGCUCUAAUGCUCAAAGUUCAUUGAUUCAAUUUAUUGAUAUUCUUUUAAACGUUGAACAUAAAAAUGAAGAAGGAGUGGCCAAUGGUUUAUCUUACAUUUUGGAAAUGAGAAAAUAUAUGCCCUAUUUACAUAGGAAGUUCCUAGAACAUUUCUCAGCAGCAUGUAAAUUGAAGGAGUUUGUUUUAAAACAUGCCGAUGAUCAUCCAGAUUUAGUUAAAGAUUAUGAUGAUUGUUUGGAUAAUCUGAAAAUGUUCAGAGAUAAGCAUGUAAAAUUGGUUACCACUUACAUUAUUACCCCAUCCAGAAAGGCAAAAACGCUAGAAACCAAUAAACGUAAGCACCAUAUAAACAAUGGACUAGCUAUAAAAGGUACAGGUAGCACUUCUUUUGUUCUUUUCUUAAAACAAUGUAGAACUGAUACUGUUGACGCUGGAAUAAAUUUUAAGAAAGGAAAAAGAAGCUCUUAA